AUGUCAUUGAGCGGAGCGAGUGCGAGCGCGGCGGCCAAGCAGCGGCACCAAGAGCAGCGGCGAGCUGACACGAGCGCGCUCGUCGAUGCGGCGAGGGGGCAGAGGCAGAUGCCCGAGCUGCCGCCGUACGUGCCAGAAUUCAUGUCUCAGAUGCUGGGCGGUGGAGCCGUCCGGUCGGACCCAGAAGACCAAGCCACUGGCGAUGACGAGACGAUGAUGCAGGAGGCCGCCGUCGACAUUGCCCUCCAGCUUGACAUCGCGUCAGAUCGGACGUCGAGCGACACCGGUGGCAGUGCCACCCAGGAGUGGUCGGGCGGAGCUGCGGGUCAGUUUGACAGCUGGAGCUGUGUCGCCGGCGUGCGGCGGCCUGCCUCCGGAGGUGCCUCUGAGGUGGACAUUUUUUGGUCACCGUGA